AUGCUCCAGAUAUAUCUGGAAACCACACGCUUAACUCUCUUCCUCUUUUUAUCUCUCUUUCUCUUUUUCGCUCUUAACUCUUUCACUUUCUCUCUUUCUCGCUCUCGCUCAAUCUCUCUCUUUCUUUUUCUUUUUCUUUCUCUCUCUCUUUCUCUCACUCUCUUCCUUUUUUAUCUCCCUUCUCUUUCUCUCCAUUCCACUUUUAUCUCUCUCUUUCUCUCUUUCUCUCUUCCACUUUUUAUCUCUUUUCUCUUUCUCUCCUUCUACUUUUAUCUCUCCCUCUUUUUAUCUUUCUCUUUCUCUCUAUUUCCUUCUCUCUUUCCAUUUCUCACUCGCUCUUCAUUUUUUAGUUCACCUUCUCUUUCUCUCCAUUCCACUUUUAUCUCUCUCUUUCUCUUGUUCUCUCAUCCUCUUUUAAUCUCUUUUUCUCUUUCUCUCACUUCUAAUUUCAUAUCUCACUCUCUUUCUCUUUCCCCCCUCUCUCUCUAUCUCACGUAUACUCUCUUUCUCCUUAUUUUUCGCUUCCUCAUUUUUGUUAUUGUUUUUUUUUACUUUCUCAUUUCUUGUUUCUUUCUUUGUUUCUUUCCCACAACUUAUUUUUCUUCUUUAUUUCUUCUUACAUUUCGUCUUUCCUCUUUUUUCUUUUUUCCUUUUCUUUUCCAAUCUUUUUUAAAAUAUUCAUUUUAUCUACUUCUUUAUUUAUCGUCUUUCUUUUCUUUCCAUUCUUCAUUUCUCUUCCUCCUUACUCUCCCCUUCUCUCUAUUUCUUCUUUUCCUUUCUUUUCUUUCCAUUCUUCCUACUUACUCUCCUUUCUCUUUUCUCUCUUUUUUCUUCUUUUCCUUUCUUUUCUUUUUCUUCUUCAUUUCUCUUUUCCUCCUUACUCUCCUUUUCUCUCUAUUUCUUCUUUUCCUUUCUUUUCUUUCCAUUCUUCAUUUCUCUUCCUCCUUACUCUCCUUUUCUCUCUAUUUCUUCUUUUCCUUUCUUUUCUUUCCAUUCUUCCUCGUUACUCUCCUUUUCUCUCUAUUUCCACUUUUCCUUUUCUUUUUUCUUUCCAUUCUUCCUCCUUACUCUCCUUUUCUCUCUAUUUCCUCUUUUCCUUUCUUUUCUUUCCAUUCUUCCUCCUUACUCUCUCUUUUUCUCUCUAUUUCCUCUUUUCCUUUCUUUUUUUUUUCCAUUCUUCCUCCUUACUCUCCUUUUCUCUCUAUUUCUUCUUUUUCCUUUCUUUUCUUUCCAUUCUUCAAUUCUCUUCCUCCUUACUCUCUUUUUUCUCUAUUUCUUCUUUUCCUUUCUUUUCUUUCCAUUCUUCAUUUCUCUUUUCCUCCUUACUCUCCUUUUCUCUCCGUUUCUUCUUUUCCUUUUUCUUUUCUUUCCAUUCUUCCUCCUUACUCUCCUUUUCUCUAUAUUUCUUCUUUUCCUUUCUUUUCUUUCCAUUCUUCCUCCUUACUCUCCUUUUUUUCUCUCUAUUUCCUCUUCCUUUUUCUUUUCUUUCCAUUCUUCCUCCUUACUCUCCUUUUCUCUCUUUUCUUUCUUUUCCUUUUCUUUUCUUUUUCCAUUCUUCCUCCUUUUCUCUCCAUUUUCUCUCUAUUUCCUUUUUCCUUUCUUUUUUCUUUUCCAUUCUUCCUCCUUACUCUCCUUUUCUCUCUAUUUCCUCUUUCCUUUUUUUCUUUUCUUUCCAUUCUUCAUUUCUCUUCCUCCUUUCUCUCCUUUUCUCUCUAUUUCUUCUUUUCCUUUUUUUUCUUUCCAUUCUUCAUUUCUCUUCCUCCUUUUCUCCUUUUCUCUCUAUUUCUUCUUUUCCUUUCUUUUCUUUCCAUUCUUCAUUUCUCUACCUCCUCCUCCUUUUCUCUCUAUUUCUUUUCUUUUCCUUUUCUUUUUCUUUCCAUUCUUCCUCCUUACUCUCCUUUUCUCUCUAUUUCUUCUUUUCCUUUCUUUUCUUUCCAUUCUUCCUUCCUCUUCCUCCUUUUCUCUCUCUUUUUCUCUCUUUCUUCCAUUCUUUUCCUUUCUUUUCUUUCCAUUCUUCAUUUCUCUUCCUCCUUUUCUUCUCUCCUUUUCUCUUUCUUCUUUUCUUUUCUUUUCUUUCCAUUCUUCCAUUCUUCUUCUCCUUUCUUUUCUUCCAUUCUCUCCUUUUCUCUCUAUUUCUUCUUUUCCUUUCUUUUCUUUCCAUUCUUCCUCCUUUUUCUCUCCUUUUCUCUUUCCAUUUCCUCUUUUUUUCUUUUCUUUCCAUUCUUCCUCCUUACUCUCCUUUUCUCUUUAUUUCUUCUUUUCCUUUCUUUUCUUUCCAUUCUUCCUCCUUACUCUCCUUUUUCUUCCAUUUUCUCUUACUAUUUUUUCUCUUUUUCUUUUCUUUCCAUUCUUCCUCCUUACUCUCCUUUUCUCUCUAUUUCCUCUUUUCCUUUCUUUUUUCCAUUUUCAUUCUUCCUCCUUACUCUCCUUUUCUCUCUAUUUCUUCUUUUCCUUUCUUUUUCUUUCCAUUCUUCCUCCUUACUCUCCUUUUCUCUCUAUUUCCUCUUUUCCUUUCUUUUCUUUCCAUUCUUCCUUUCCUUUCUUUCCUUUUUCUCUCCUUACUCUCCUUUUCUCUCUUUUCCUUUUUCUUUUCUUUUUCCAUUCUUCCUCCUUACUCUCCUUUUCUCUCUAUUUCUUCUUUUCCUUUCUUUUCUUUCAUUUCCAUUCUUCCUUUUCCUUAUUUCUUCUUUUCCUUUCUUUUCUUCCUUUUCCUCCUCUUUUUCUUCUUUUUUCCUUUCUUUUCUUUCCAUUCUUCAUUUCUUCCUCCUUACUCUCUUUUCUCUCUAUUUCUUCUUUUCCUUUUUUUUCUUUCCAUUCUUCCUCCUUACUCUCCUUUUCUCUCUAUUUCUUUUCUUUUUUUCUUUCCAUUUUCUUUUACUUUCUUUUCUUUCAAUUCUUUCUUUUCUUUCCAUUCUUCCUCUCCUUUUCUCUCUAUUUCCUUUCUUUUCCUUUCUUUUCCUCUUUCCAUUCUUCAUUUCUCUUCUUCCUUUUUCUCCUUUUCUCUCUAUUUCUUCUUUUUUCUUUCCAUUCUUUUUCUUUCCAUUCUUCAUUUCUUCUUUUCUUUUCUUUCCAUUCUUCCUUUUUCUCUCUAUUUCUUCUUUUCCUUUCUUUUCUUUCCAUUCUUCCUCCUUCCUUACUCCUUUUCUCUCUUCUUUCUUCUUUUCCCAUUUCUUUUCUUUUCCUAUUUCUUCUUUUCCUUUCUUUUCUUUCCAUUUUCCUCUUAUUUCUUCUAUUUUCCUUUCUUUUUUUUUUCCAUUCUUCCUCCUUACUCUCCUUUUCUCUCUUCUUUCUUCUUUUCCUUUCUUUUCUUUCCAUUCUUCCUCCUUACUCUCCUUUUCUCUCUAUUUCCUCUUUUCCUUUCUUUUCUUUCCAUUCUUCCUCCUUACUCUCCUUUUCUCUCUAUUUCCUCUUUUCCUUUCUUUUCUUUCCAUUCUUCCUCCUUACUCUCCUUUUCUCUCUAUUUCUUCUUUUCCUUUCUUUUCUUUCCAUUCUUCAUUUCUCUUCCUCCUUACUCUCCUUUUCUCUCUAUUUCUUCUUUUCCUUUCUUUUCUUUCCAUUCUUCCUCCUUUCUUCCUUUCUCUUUCUCCUUUUCUCUCUUUUCUUUUCAUUCUCCUUUCUUUCUUUUCUCUAUUUCUUUUCCUUUCUUUUCUUUCCAUUCUUCCUCCUUACUCUUUUCCUUUUUCUCUUUUCCUUUCUUUUUCCUUUCUUUUCUUCCUCCAUUCUUCCUCCUCUAUUUCUCUUUUCCUUUUCUUUCCAUUCUUCCUCUUUUCUUUUCUUUUUUCUUUCCAUUCUUUUCAUUCUCUUCCCUCCUUACUCUCCUUUUCUCUCUAUUUCUUCUUUUUCCUUUCUUUUCUUUCCAUUCUUCCUCCUUACUCUUAUUUCUCUUUUCCUUUUCUCUCCAUUCUUUCUUCUUUUCCUUUUUUUCUUUCCAUUCUUUUCUCUUCCUCCUUACUUCUUCCUCCUUUUUUUUUUUUCCAUUUUCCUCCUUCUUUUUUCUCUUUCCUUUCUUUCUUUCCAUUCUUCCUUUUUACUCUCCUUUUCUCUCUUUUCUUCUUUUUCUUUUUCUUUUUCUUCCUUUUUACAUUCUUCCUUUUCUCUUCCUCCUUUCCAUUCUCCUUUUCUUCCUCUCUUCCUUUUCUCUCUAUUUCUUCUUUUCCUUUCUUUUCUUUCCAUUCUUCAUUUCUCUUCCUCCUUACUCUCCUUUUCUCUCUAUUUCUUCUUUUCCUUUCUUUUCUUUCCAUUCUUCAUUUCUCUUCCUCCUUACUCUCCUUUUCUCUCUAUUUCUUCUUUUCCUUUCUUUUCUUUCCAUUCUUCCUCCUUACUCUCCUUUUCUCUCUAUUUCUUCUUUUCCUUUCUUUUCUUUCCAUUCUUCCUCCUUACUCUCCUUUUCUCUCUAUUUCCUCUUUUCCUUUCUUUUCUUUCCAUUCUUCCUCCUUACUCUCCUUUUCUCUCUAUUUCUUCUUUUCCUUUCUUUUCUUUUCAUUCUUCAUUUCUCCUUCUUACUCUCCCCUUCUCUCUAUUUCUUCUUUUCUCUUCUUUUCUUUUCGUUCUCCAACUCCUUACUCUCCCUUUCUCUCUCUUCUUUUAUAUAUGGAACAAAUAGGAAAACGUUUAUAA